AUGGCUGAAGUUACAGGCAAAGUAGAUUUCAAAGUUGGAGACGACACGUACCAGACCUGGUACAAAAUCGUUGGGGAUCUCACUUCGGAUGCACACCCUCUCAUCGUGCUGCACGGUGGCCCCGGCGUCUCGCAUGAGUAUAUGACACCUCUCGCCGAAAUUCACAACAAAUGCAACAUUCCCGUCAUUUUUUACGACCAGAUUGGCAUCGGAAAGUCCUUUUUUGAAGGUGUGGCGGACAAGCCCAAAGAGUUUUGGACCAUUGAUCUCUUCGUGGAUGAACUGGAAAACCUUGUUGCCCACCUUGGUGUCCAGAAUGGCUUCGCUCUUCUGGGUCACUCCUGGGGAGGGAUGCUCGGGGCACACUACGCCAGCCACAGGCAUCCUGUAGGUCUCAAACACCUCGUCAUCACCGGCGGAGCGCCGUCCAUGGCACUGUGGGAACAAAGCACCGGCCAGUUGCUGAAAGCCCUGCCAGCGAAUAUGAGGGAGACGAUUGAAAGGCACGAGAAGGAGGGAACGACGGAUAGCCCCGAAUAUCAACAGGGGAUGGGGAUCUUCUAUGAGAAGCACGUUUGCAAGACCCCCUGGCCGAAGGUGAUGGAAACGUCCUUCGCGGCUAUGAUGCGACAUCCCACCGUAUAUCAUACGAUGAUCGGACCGUCAGAGUUUACGAUCACAGGAACGCUGAAGUCGUGGUCAUGUCUGGAUCAGAUUCACACAAUCACUGCUCCAACUCUCCUCACCAACGGUGUGAUGGACGAAGCGCAGGACGUCUGCGUGAGUCCUUUCUUCCAGAGAAUCCCGCAUGUGAAGUGGGCGCAGUUCUCGCAGCGUCACAUGCCAUUCUUGGAGGAGGAGAACCAGGCGAGGUACCUUCAAGUGGUGGCUGAUUUUCUGACGUAUCCUCAAUAGUUGAUCCUAUAAGAUAUAAGUAAGAUUGAAUGCAUGGGAAUGGAAUAGCCAGAUUGUCACAGAGAUUUCCUCCUUUCACGGGUACAGCGAAG